GAGAUUGUCCAGAAGAAGAGGUGGUGUCGUAACUCUGACUAGAACAAUAAAGGUGCAUUCAGCUGAAGAAUCAAUAUUAUCGAGUCGGUUUCAAUAAUCGUACAGAGGAAAACCGUUUGUUAUUGUUUGAUUUUUGCCUCAAGUUUACAAGUUUAACAGUAAUAGUUAACAGUAACGAUAUGGGUAGCUUCUCAUCGCAUCCUUCCGGGACGGAAGUGCUCAAGAAGAACCAAGAGUACAUCUCCGAGAUGAACAAGAAUAAGAUGGAACGUUGGAUCCAGAUGCACUUCCAGAUUAAGGAGCGGGAGACGGCGCUGGAGAUUUCCAGGGCUCGGGAACUGUUCUACUGGCUGGCGUCGUUCUACGGCGUGGCAACAGUUGGCCUCAUCGGGCGGUUCAACAGCACGAAACGGGCAGCGGUCCUAGCGCCAAUUGUGCCGCUGUCCUUCCUGGUGGCCUACUACGCGGACCUUGCGUACGGAACGAAAAUACAUCGCAUCACGGCCGAGGCCGAAAUGAUAAUGCAGCACGAGCCGGACCUGCUGGAGUGGCCCAGCGGGCUGCCAACGGUAUCGGAAAUCGAUUCCGCCCGGCUCGACAUUGACGAUAAGAUCCGUUUGCAUCCCCACCAGAUGUAAGGGACCAAUAAAAAUGCUCAGUAAAAAAAAGCAACACAAAAAGGGUAAGAGUGUUGGGUUAAGGCAAAACGGGAGGAAAAUCAUUCCAAAGAAAAAAAAAACAACAACAAUAAAAAACGAAAACAACAGCAAAGUAAGAACAAUAUCAUUAGUGUGUAAAUGGAAGUGGAUGUCAUUUCUAAAACCACCAUUCUUCUUUCAAAGAUCCAUUUGUGUCACAAUAUCGCUCUAUUUGUCACUUUAAAAACAAUUCAUUGUACGUUUUCCUUGAAAAAAAAAAAAUCCUGCAUGCAACUACCAAAACAUAAUCUCUAUCCAAUAACAAUACGAAUACAAUAACAUCGUUUGUGCAUUAAAAUACAAUUGAAAAUUGUAGUUUACAACUUUAAAGACUCCUAAUAAAUCCUUACUAUAAAAAAGUAAACAACACUUAUACAAUUCGAAAACGAAAAAAAAAGAAGACGUAAAAGAACAAGUAACCAUUUGAUAUCCCCCUGUUUAAGAUACCGUUUGUCCGUUUUUCUCCUCUUGAUAAUAGCAAUGCUCGAUCGAGUAUUUUAAAAUAAUAAAAUAAAAAAAUCGUCACGAAAAUGUUAACUAUAGCCGUGUUAAGCGCAAUAAACGUUGAAAAAAUUCCACGA